AGUAUUAUAAGAACCCAGGAAGAAGAGAAUGUCUAGGAAGAGACAGUCAACAACAUCCAGUGCUGGGUUCAAGUUCAAUCCCCCUGGGUCAGGGCAGGAGCACUGCUGGGGCUUGAGGUCUAACCUCCUCUAGUUGAGCUAGCAACAAUCACCCGUGUCAUACCAGGGGCUACCACCCCUGGACCAGAGCCGGGUUGCUCAGUGCUGGUGCCAAAGGACAGGGAGUUACAACUUCUGGCUUAUCCACCACAUGAAUGAGGAAAAGAGAGCUCACUCAGAAGGCAAGAAGGGCCAGAGCCUUCCUGAGGGAAUCUCCAGGCAGAGGGUGGCAAUCAUGGCCCCUUUCACAAAGACAGAAACUUAUGUUAAACACUGCGGAAAAGAUGCCUGGAAGGAAGAAGAACACGUGGACAACCAGCAUCAGAAACAAGCCUAACAAGGUGGAAUUUCAACCAGAGAGGAAAGUGGCCAAAAGUUGUUGGGGACCAGGGUGGCCCAGGGAGCCCAGCCCCUUGCUGCCGUUGCUGCUGCCGUUGCUGCUGCUGCUGCUGCUGUUGUUGCUGCUGCUGUUGCUGCUGCUGCUGCUGCUGCUGUUGUUGUUGCUGCUGCUGCUGCUGCUGUCGCUGCUACUGCUGCUGCUGCUGCUGCUCCUGCUGCUGCUCCUGCUGCUCCUGGUCAAAAGCUUCUGGUUUUUCUCCCAGCAGGAGCCUGAAAAGAAUCCCCAGUGGCACACCUUUCUUACAACUGGAAGCCAGAAGUCAAGGAAAAAUCUCGCCAUCUAUCAUCAAUACCCUUCAUCCAGGCUUAGGGACAAAACCAGUAACUCCAUGGAAGCAAUCUCACCAGUGAAGGGGAGGAGAUCUGGAAAAGGCAUGAGGGCACAGAAUGACCAAAAACCUCAUAAGCCCCUACUUCAACUCCAUGAAGCCCAAGGACUUGGUGCAAUGCACUCUGCUCCUGUUAAUGCAUGGGCAGAAGAGCCAGAGAGCCUCUCUGUGCUAGAGCAGAAAGUAAGAGCCCUCAAGGAAAAGAGGAUGUUGGCUAAGAAACAGGCUGUAAAUGUGGGCACCAUCUUGGUAGAGCCACCCUCCUUGAAGAAGGGCAAGAGCUGGGGGCAGAGGAAGUCCAGUACAGCCAUGACACUGGUGUCUGAGUGUUCAUCUUCUCAGGACAGCAUCGUAUUCCCUCAGGCUCAGGUGCAGGCUUACCUGGCAGACAGGUGUUGGGACAGCAGUGAUGACCUGGAGGUGGGGCCUGUGCCCAACCCCCUUCUAGGUCCCAACAGCACUCAAUCUCCAAGUCAGUUUAGGUUCAGGAAAGAAAACCAGAGGUUCCCAGAAAGGAGACUUUCGGACUCAGUUCUAUCACAAGAGGCCAAUUACUUCCAGGAAAACUCAACUUACAGCAGGCCAAGGUGUCACAGGGAUUUGGCCCAAAAGCCUUCCUUGGAGAAUGGGAAACUGGGAGCCCGUGCAAAACACCAAGUCCAAGCAGGAGCCCUGAAGGAGGUAUCUCUGGCCUUAGAGCAAGAAGAAGCCCUGCCCUGGACCACCCUGCAGGGACAGCUGUGGAGAGCCGGCAGCUGGGAUAGUUUAAAGAGCAGCAGCAACUCCUGGUCCUUGAAUGACCGGGUGGAGAGGAACCGCCUUCUUCUGCAGGAAAGGAAGAGCUUAUCUGAAUGCAGCAGCAGCUCACACAACACAGUAGCCCAGGAUGGAACUGCACCAAGGCUGCCGGGAGGAGACCCAGACUGGGACUCAGGAGUAUCUCUGCAGGACUCUGAUAUGUGCAGGGCCUUGGUUUCCAGCCAACAGCUGUCACUGAGCCCCAGGCAUGAACAAGCCAACCAACUUCUGCAGCAGGCUCGCAUGAAGGCCAAGACCAGUCCUCUCCGGGCCAACCAUGACAUCGUUCCCAGCAUGGCCCAUCGGCUCCCUGCCAGGGAUGUUAGUAGUGGUACAAUCCAGACCCCCAGGGUGACCCUUGCCUGCAGAGAGGGGGAUGUCCCCUACAGUGGGAGCCUGAGUGAUUCUUCUAGUGGGGAUUCCAUCAAUGACCAGAGGAGGAAACGAGGCCUCUCCCCAUCUCGAGUUCGCUUUGAAGAUGAGUCUGCCCAAGAUGCUGAGGUUCGAUAUCGGGAGAGAUUGCAACAGCCCCAGAAGAGGGCUUUGGACUCGGUACUACGAUCCUUUGAUCAGGGACUUCUGGUCUCCAAACCUGAGCUCUCCAACUACAUCAAUGGUGACUUCUGCCCCCGAGACACUCAGAGGGAUGAAACGUGCUGGACUCCACCAAACAAAGGAAGUAGAGGAGGGCUGACAGGGAAGAGGAACCUGCUUGGAAAAGUUCCAGAAAUCAACACUGAAGGGACAUGUCAUUCCUGUGGCUCCUACAUUCAGGGAGUGACUCGAGAUCCUAUAGAAAGGAAGGUGCCCCCACGUAGGAACCGUAGCCAGGAGAAGGAAGAUACUCGUAAUCUAGAAGCUCAAGGUAUUCCUCAUACAGAGCCUUCUGCCUCCCAAAGUCUGGCUUCCCCAGUUUGGAUCCUCCCAUCUCGACAGCGGCUGAACAUAGAGCACAUUCGAGAAACAUACAUUGGAGAAAUUGCCUACCCUGUUGAGGUGGAGUCUGCCUUGGAUAGCACAGAUACCUCGGAGAGCUAUAGAACAGAUAGCGAGGAGGUUAGUAUCCCUCACCAUAGGAGCCGGAGCAGAGCCCAAGUUAGUGGCUCCCCAAGGGGCCGGAAAGCUGGAGGAAUACAGAAACGAGUCCGGGAACUGGAAAUAGAGAAGAAAGCUGAAAUCCCCCAGGCCUGGCACAACCAAAUAGAGGUAGACUAUAGAUUAGAAGAACCUAAAAGAAUUGCCCCCGAGGGACCCUUAUUUCUCAAAGAAGACCAUGGUCCUAUGUUAGCCAUCACUGAAGCUCAGAGUAUUUCUAAAGAAGAUGAGAGAACAGAUAUGCCCCAUCUACUAGCUAUUGCCAGACAGAUCUGUAAAUUGACUCACCCAGAAGACACCCAAGCUCCAUAUGGGACGUUGAAUGUCAUGGCCCCUUCCCAGAAGCUGGCACUGACUGGACCAGGGGGAGAAGCCCAGAUUUCAGGAAACCAAGAGCUCCUCAAAAGUACCUUUCCCCUCCCUCCCAAUUUUGUAAACCCACCUAGGAGAUCUAGUCAUAGCUCCCCCCAGCUAGCCAAGAAGUCGCCUGAAUGUUUCACACUAGGAACUUGGGUUCCUACUCCCCCAACUGUGAAGAAAGCAUCCUCACCUGGGCCUUUUAGGAAGACCAUGUUGGCCCGGAGCCUUGGGCCAGACAACCAAAGGGACCCAACAAACUCUCGACAGGUUUUCCCAAGAGAGAGUGAUAUGGGAUUGGGAGGGAGAACUCGAGUAGAAAACCAGACCAGCCCCUCCAGGAUUAAGCACCAGUUAAUGGUGCCAUCCAAAAGCGACUUCAGCAGCAUUGAUCUUCGGGAGCAAUUGGACAUCCAAAGAAAAGAGGCAAGGGAAAAUCAGAGGGAAAAAGGUCCAGGAAGUCUAAAGCCAAAGGCAUCCCCUGAGAAAAGCAAAGAUGGUGGAUUCUGGGAUAUUCCUGAGUUAGCAGUGACCAGCAACCUUGGCUCCACAGGCAUCGAGGUUUCGUUGACAACAGAGCAACCCCAACCUAGCGUGGACACAGAAGACAAGGUCCAGAAGGCAAAACCAAGCUCAGAAAAAAUUGUCUUGAAAGGAGAAUCACUAGAGGACCCUCCAGGACCCAACAUCACCUCGGCCAUUCCAGCUAACGGGAGCAAGAAGGGGAGCAACAACUCUUCUGGGUUUGGGCUGAAGAAAUUCUUCUCUUUCUUGGGCCAAACCACCCGACAGAAACUGGGCAAGUUUCGCUGUUACAGCAUGGAGCAGAUUGCUCAAACGAGUCCUGAGCAGCCCCAGCAGAGUUUGAUACACCAAAUCCUUAAUUCCAAGUUGAAGAAAGCACCUUCUCUGCAAGCUCUGCAAUUGGUGCCACCCUCUCACCAGCGUAGAAAAGUUGACUUCGGUCAAAAUCUCCAUUCUCUACUAAACAAGGCGGAACGCUCCCGACAAUACCUGUUAGGAGUCGAAAGGAAGGACAGAGCAUCUGGGGGGCAACCAGGCAGCCCUACCAGGCACUCCCUCAGUGUAGAUGAUAUCAGUGUCCCCAGCCUAGUCCGGACAGUAGGUCGGGUAGUACAGGUAUUUCCUGAUGGCACCAGCCAGUUGGAGCUACAGCGUCUCCCGAAUGGUACCUUUGGCUUCUGUGUGUCUACAGGGAAUGGCCGACCUGAUUCAGGUGUCUCCGUGGAUAGAACACUGGACCUGAAGUGAGGAAGACCUGAAUUCAAAUCUAGCCUUAGAUACUUUUACUAGCUGUGUAACCCUUGGUAAGUUACUCAAACUCUAACUCAGUUUUCUCAACUGCAAAGUGGGGAUGCUAAUAGUACCUAUCUCACAGGUGUUGUGUGGAUAAAAUGAGUUAAUAUUUAUAAAGUGCUUAUUAGUAGUACAAUGCCCGUCCCAGAGUAGAUGCUUAAUAAAUGCUUGUUCCCUUCUCCCCCAAGCACCUUUUCUCAGAAUAAUGUUUUUAAAUGUAUAGAGGAAAAUGUAUAAUAUUAUAAAGGAAAUCAGUUAUAUUAAAAUACCAUUAUAAAAGGAUGAAUGAAAUGCAGUCACAGAACCCAGUUUAAGAACCCCUGACAAAUAAAUAUAAACCAAAUAUAUGCAAGAUGAUUUGGAAGGGAGAAGGGCAUUUGCAGUUGAAAGAAUGAAGAAUGGCCUCAUGUAGACAAUAUUAUUGAACUGACUAGAAAUAAACUCAAGAUUCUGGGAUUCAGAGGUGAAGUCCUUCCAGGAAGGAAGGAUAGCCAGUAUGAGGUCAUAGGGACGGGAAAUAGAAUGUUGUAUAUGAGGAAUAAUAGAAAGACUAGUAUGAGGGGAUUAUUGGAAUAUAAAGGGCUUUGGUUCAAACUAUAUGGAAAUUAAGCCCUAAAAACUAUGUGUAAUCAGGCUUUCUAGUUUUGUUUAAUCAUUUCACAUUUUUGUCCAACUCUCCAUACCUCCAUUUGGAGUUUUCUUGGUAAAGAUAGUGGAGGGGUUGUCCAUUUCCUUUUCCAUAUCAUGAGGAAACUGAGGCAAACAGGGUUAAGUGAUUUGCUCUGGGAUACCCAGGCAGGAAGUGUCCAAGGCCACAUUUGAACUCAGAAAGAUCAGUCUUCGUGACACUAGACUUGGCCCUCUAUCCACCAAACCACUUAGUUGCCCCUUAGAGCCAAGUUGUAAAGGAUUUUAAAUACCAAAUAGAGGAAUAGAUAUUUUAUGUAAUAAUAAGCAGGGAGGGACAAGAUCAGGCCUACAAUUUAGAGAAAUCAAUUUGAUAGUUGGGUGGAGGACAGAUUGGAGACAGGAGAGACUUGGGGAAAAGAGGCCAAAAAGGAGGCAAUGUAGGAGGCAGGCAAUACAGGUCAGAACUGGGACAGUGUCAGUGUCUGCAGUGGAAAAAUGGCUGUCUCCCUUGUGGUAUGAAGGAACUCAGGCAGGUCUGAAUUCUUUUCAAAUUUCCAAACUCCAGUAUAACAUAGCUUCUAUCCACUUCUGAUUGAGUACAAAUGCAUGAUACCAGCAUCUUCCCGAUGAGCAGCUAGAUGAUAAAGUUGACUAAGGUCAACUUCAACAGAGGGACUUGCUGCUCAGGUAUGGAUGGGUUGGACUAGAUGAUUCUUAAAGACUCUUCCAAAUCUGUGACUUUAACAGUUUUUAUUUGGAUUAGACAUGAAGAUGCCUCUUUAUCCAAGGUCAUUUCCAUUAGAUAAAAAGUACUUAGCAUAGUAAACUUUUGUUAUGAUUAUUAUUUUUUUUUAUAAAUGGCUUUUCUCUUCUAUCCUGCCCCCAGCUUCCCUCCUCUCAAAAAGGUCUGGUACACAUUUGGUCUUGUUCUCCUGGGUCUUUUCAUAACCUACCACCCACACAUUCCAAAACUCAACAGGCAUUUCUCUUGUUUAGACAAAGCCUGCCCCAGGGCCCUCAUUAAGCUCUAUAACUUACCUCAGCAAUAUUCUAUAGGGAUACGGGAACCCAGAGUGGGGGGUGGGGGGUGAGGGGGAAACAGCUAUGUGACCCAGGUAUUGAGAGCCAGACUUAGAAACAGUGGGUCCUGGAUUCGAAUGUAGCUUCCAUUUUUAUCUGUGUGACCUUGGGCAAGUCACUCAACUUCCCAUUACUUGUUCUUAUCACUCUUCUGUCUUGGUACUUAAUAUUGAUUCUAAGAUGGAAGGUAAGAGCUUUAAAAACAACAAGAUAAAUAAGGAUGAGAGGAAAGGGUUCAGCAAAGUAGCCACAAAGGAGAGAAAUCAGGGAACAGUUCUCCUCCAACAACUAAUGAAGAUCCAACUAUUAAUGAACACUCUUUGGUUCCAGCCAGUCAACCAGUUUCAGUUCCACCCCACUGGACUGUGGUCCAGCCCAUAUCCCUCCAUCUUGUCUACAAUAAUACCAUUACCAACAGUGACAAAUGUUUUGUUCAAUUUUAGGUUAUCACUGUAAGUACAGAAUUCUUCUGAUCAACUAGUGUAAUAACCAUUUUAAAAAAAAGGAAAUUAUGCAAUUUACUGAAAACUUUUCACUGUCCAUAACCUUAAUAACACACUCCAGAAAACUGAAGGUAUGUCCAUCAACUAAAGAAUGAUUGAACAAGUUGUGGUAUGUGAUUAUAAUGGAACACUAACACUAAUAACUAAUGACCAACAGGACAAUUUCAGAAAAACUUGGGAAGACUUGUAUGAACUAAUGCAAAGUGAAAUGAGCAGAACUAGGAAAACACUGUAUACAGUACCAGAAAUACUGUAUGAUGAUCAAGUGAAAGACUAAACUAUUAUCAGCAAUGCAAGGAUCCAAGACAACCCCAAUGGACUCAUGAUGAAAAAUGCUAUCCACAGCCAUAGAAGGAACUGCCAGAGUGUGAAUAUAGAUUGAAUCAUACUAUUUCCUUCAUGAGUUUUUUCUUCCAUGUUUAAUAUGUCUUCUUUCACAAUGUGAGGAAUAUAGAAAUUUAGAUUACAUGAUAACACUGGAAUAACCUGUAUCAGAUUAUUUAUCACCUGGGGAGAGGGGACAGGAGGAAAGGAGGGAAAGAAUUUGGACUGCAAAAGAUCAGAAAAUAAUUGUUUUAAAAUUUUUGUUUCUACAUAUAAUUGAAAAAAAAAUUAGGCUCCUUUCUCUUACCAACACAUACUUCAGAGUUUUGCCAGAAAUUGAAGCUAAUCAAAGGUUAGCAGACACUACUCUCUUCCUCUUCUUUCCUCCUUCCUUCCUUCCUUUUCUCUUUCUUUCUUUCUUUCUUUCUUUCUUUCUUUCUUUCUUUCUUUCUUUCUUUCUUUCUUUCUUUCUUUCUUUCUUUCUUUCUUUCUUUCUUUCUUUCUUUCUUUCUUUCUUUCUUUCUUUCUUUCUUUUAAAUUGGGAUAUUGUAGGUCCUUCUUUUAGACCUGUGGUACCUUUUCCAUUCUCCACAGUCUUUCAUUGAUCACCAACAGUAUCUCAGCAAUCACAUCUGCCAGUUCUUUCAAUACCCCAGGGGAAUGCAUAGUUCAUCUGUGCCAUAAGUCACAGAAGGCAGCUGGGCACCCUUCUACCAUCACCCUAUUUAUCUUGGGUACAUGUUCCCCAUUAGUCAUUUUUAUAUUCUCCCUUUUCCAGUUCAAAGAUCUUUCUUCCUUAGAGAAAACAGAAGAAAAAUAGCAUUUGAGGAGCUUUACCAUCACUCCAUCAUUCUAACUUUGAGCAGCAGUACUGGCUCCUCUUUUCUACAAUAUAAAACUACAGCGCUUUUGUUGUCCUAAGUUUCUCUUACAAGACAUAGCUACAAGCCUGAGCAUUAGAAAUCCAGGCACCACUCUUAGAGGAAUGCACCAUGCUUUUCCAUUCUCUCUUAUCUACCCUUCUUUCCAAUAUCUGUACAUGAAUUCAUAAAAUCUAAAUUGUCUCCGAUAUUCAUAUUGUUCUUUCUUUUCCUGCCUUCUCAAGAAUUUUAUUCUGGAAAAUUUCCCAUCCCUUCUCAACUGAGUCCUGCUAUAGAAUUUUAGUCCAUGAGAUCCUCCUUAGUCUUUCUUUGAACUCUGCAAUCUGGUCUACCAAAAUCCAACUUUCCUCUCCAGUAUCACAAAUUCUAAAAUGAAAGUCACUUCUCUCCCUGCCACCCCCACUCCCAACCCCAUCCCACCAUAGUUUUUAUUAUUUCCAGCCCAGCCCAGUUACUAUUUCCUCUUCAUUAGUAACAGUUGAGGCCAGAAGAACAGUUUCUCUGGGCUCAUCUUUCACAUGGUGAAAUGAUCACUAGGACAAACCCAGAACUUAUUAGCUUCCCUCCCUGG